CGAACACCGAAUAUCUUUCUCAUUCCGACCAGGAAACCCUACUGUCAUCAGUCAUCUCCUUCAAUGCGGCUACUACAACGAGAUGAAGCCAACAAAUACACAUUUACGGCGGAUCUGCCCGCCGACAGCGCACCCCCCUACGCAAUUCUUUCCCACACUUGGGGCGCCGACGAGAAAAUCGGCUACAGAAAGAUCCAAUUCUGCGCCGAUCAGGCCCAGCGACAUGGCCUGCAGCAUUUCUGGGUAGACACCUGUUGUAUCGACAAAUCUGACGCUAUCGAACUCCAGACUGCAAUCAACAGCAUGUUCAGGUGGUAUCGUAGCGCGGAAAGAUGCUACGUGUUCCUGUCCGACGUCUCCUGUCCUUCGGCCUCCAGUCAGCAGCUGGGCGUGAUGUCGUGGGAGGCCGCCUUCCGAGGCAGUCGGUGGUUCACGCGGGGCUGGACACUGCAGGAGCUCAUCGCCCCGCAGAUUGUCGAGUUCUACUCAAAGGAAGGAGUCUUCCUAGGCGACAAGAGGUCGCUGGAGGCUGUUAUACGCGACGUGACAGGGAUUCCUGCCAGAGCUUUACGGAAUGCACCAUUAUCUGAGUUUACGACUUCCGAACGCGAGGCAUGGGUCCGCAACCGGGAGACAAAGUAUGAGGAAGACAUGGCAUACUCGCUGCUUGGGAUAUUUGGCGUUUAUAUACCACUCAUCUAUGGCGAGGGUCGUGAACAAGCACAAAGAAGGUUGCGAGAAGAGGUCCAGAAAUCAGUGAAAGGCACUCACUACAACAACUUUUCGAUCAGCUUCAGCCUUUCUGGCGUCCCCGAGUCUCCACAUUUCGUAGCAAGAGAUGGAGAGAUAGCCGAGAUGCGAAGAAUGCUGUGCUCGGACGGAAGCCGUCGCACCGUCGUGCUCCAUGGCCUUGGCGGCAUUGGCAAGACACAGCUCGCUGCGACAUAUAUCAAACGAUAUCGGGAGGAGUACUCGGCGAUCUUCUGGUUGAAUAUCAAAGAUGAAGCGUCCAUCCAGCAGAGCUUCGCUAGGAUCGCAGCGCAGAUCCUGGAACAGAAUGCCAAUGUCGACAGCCUCAAGGGACUGAACCUGCAGCAAGACCACGACAAGAUUGUUCAAGCCGUGAAAGCGUGGCUUAGCUUGACAGGCAACACCAGAUGGCUCAUUGUGUAUGAUAACUACGACAACCCAAAGAUUGCAGGGCGCAAAGCCGAUGCAGCGGUUGACAUCCACCAGUUUCUUCCGACGGCACAUCAGGGCUCCAUAGUUAUCACAACACGCCUGUCUCAAAUCGACAUAGGACAUCACAUUCGACUUGAGAAACUCGAAUCCCAACACGAGAGUCUACAGAUAUUGUCAAAGGCAUCUGGCCGGAGUGGCUUACAAGAUGAUUGCUAUGCACAAGACCUUGUGCGAGAACUGGACGGCCUUCCUCUUGCUCUGGCUACGGCUGGAGCAUAUUUGAAGCGCGUCCCGAUCAGCACACGCGACUAUCUUCGCUACUAUCGAGAAUCAUGGGCCAGAGUUACCAGCAAUCUGCAUCUCGGAUCCUACGCUGAACGCACAUUAAGUUCGACAUGGCAGCUGUCGUAUGAGCAUGUUCAAGCACAAAGCCCACUUGCAGCGUAUCUACUCCGGUGGUGGGCCUACUUCAACAACGAAGACGUAUGGUUUCAGCUUCUUCGCGCUGUAAGCUCAACCGGCCCCGCAUGGAUGAGGCAGCUCUCGGAAGAGCUUAUCUUCAAUGAUGCGAUGGGCGUCCUCCACGACUACGGCCUUGUCGAGCCCACAACCAUGUUCCAACAGCCACAAGGGUACAGUAUACAUGGUUGUCUGCAUUCUUGGACAGUCCAUGUAUUGAAUGAAGAGCGGGAUCGCUGGUUGAAUCGGCUUGCAGUUGAGAGCGUCGCGUCGCAGGUUCCAGGGCACGCGGAAGCUGAAUAUUGGCUUCUUCAGAAGCGGCUAAUACCGCACGCGACUCGGUCUUACUCAACACUAGACGAGAACGAUAUUCCUCCAGGUUGGGCCUGCCAUUCUCUGGGCCUUCUUUAUUCUGACCAGGGAAAGCUGGGCGAGGCCGAGAAGAUGUACUUGCUAGCCCUCGAUGUUAACAAUAUUGGAAACCUUUAUAGAAAUCAGGGUAAGCUAGGCGAGGCCGAGAAGAUGUACUUGCGAGCGCUCGAUGGGAAAGAGAAGGCACUUGGACCGGAUCAUAAAUCAACGCUUACGACGGUCCAAAACCUUGGUGUGCUUUACUCUAAUCAGGGAAAGCUGGGCGAGGCCGAGAAGAUGUACUUGCGAGCGCUCAAUGGGAAAGAGAAGGCACUUGGACCGGAUCAUACAUCAACACUUACGACGGUCCACAACCUUAGCGUGCUUUACGCUAACCAGGGAAAGCUAGGCGAGGCAGAGGAGCUGCAUAUGCGGGCGUUUCAUGGAUUCGAGAAAGUUUUGGGACUGAUGACCAACGUUUGGCAAAUCCAACACUACCUUGGGUGUUGAAGACGCGGCGACGAGACAAGCUGAAGCGGGCCCUGAGUCUUCUUAUGAAGUAGAAAAGGUCAGCAGGAUGUCAUAUACUGGACCGUGUUUCCUCAUGAUUUCAGUUCAGUAUCACGAAGGGAGCGACUGAUGGAAUUGCUGCUCUCUUGUCAGUUGCAUAGCAUUUGGUGGUCGAUAACAUACGCACGCAGGCGUCCAUAGUGGGACACAAUUUUGGGGUUGAGUCGGAAUUGAAUGAUUGCUGCGAGGGGAAAUGCGCUGCGGGGUGGAAACUAUCUCUAUCUUACUCUAGGUUGUCACAAAGCUACCCUGCGUCGUCAUGUUCGACCACUGAGAAC